AUGGUUAAUUUCUCAUCACUUUUGGUUGCCUUAGUUGGCAUCGGCAGCUCCUUGGCAGCUCCCUUGGAUGAAUCUCUCAACGUUAACAUAACUGAACGUGGACCCAGCGAUUUCGUUCUGGGAGGACAUAAUGCCGUUCGCCGCUCUGCCAUAAACUAUAACCAAGACUACACAACUGGCGGCGACGUUGUCUACACCCACUCAAACACAGGGUUUGCGGUUAACUGGUCCUUUCCAAACGACUUCGUCGUAGGAGUUGGUUGGAGCACUGGAGGAUCUGCCCCUAUCAAGUUUAACGGUAACUUUGGAGUCGGUAGCGGAGUUGGCCUACUCUCUGUCUAUGGCUGGAGCACCAACCCUCUUGUUGAAUACUACAUCAUGGAAGACAACUUUGCCUAUCCUUCCGCCGGCACGGUGAAGGGUAGUGUCACCAGUGACGGAUCAAGCUACACGAUCUGGGAGAACACGCGUGUCAAUGAGCCUUCCAUCCAGGGCACAGCGACCUUUAACCAGUACAUCUCCGUGAGAAACUCCAAAAGGUCUAGUGGCACAGUCACUGUUGCAAAUCACUUCAAUGCAUGGAAAUCUUUAGGAAUGAAUUUAGGUACCAUGAAUUACCAGGUUUUGGCUGUGGAAGGCUGGGGCGGUCAAGGCGGAGUGCAGCAGACUGUCUCGAAUUAA